UGUCGAUGUUGGUCUUGGUUCCGCCUUCCGUCGUUGUCCCGCCGCUGUCCGCCCCCACGGAGCUGCGGAGACAUCUAGGAUUGACAGAGGAAUAUCGAGAGGCGACAAGCAAGCAGGGCUUCAUGUGGCUUCAUGCUUGUUAGUGAUCAUCUUGUUGUCAUGUUGGGGAUUGCAGCUGCCUCGGACGCAGGGUUCGGUUAACUUGGAGCGAAAACGCGGGGAGGCGGAGCACCAACAGCAGCGGAGCUUGGGCAGGAAUUAAGAGAUGGCGUGCUGCUUGAUCUGCGUGAACGAUGAGCCCGUUCCGGGCUCGAAGCUCGACGCCUUCUAUGAAAACCCAAACAAGUUCCAGAUCGGCAUGAUGGAGGCACCGUGCAAGAACUGCCCCUGGUGUACCUUCGGCUGCCUGUGCAUGUGCUGCGCGCAGUUCAUCGUGAGAAAGAGGGCCCUCGACGGUAAUCUCGCCAACUACGUCUGCUGUCAGGGCUACUUCCCGAUGUGCUGCUUCGAGCCGGGAGGCUGUGGCGAGAGGGAUUGUCCGUGCUUCUGCUUGUGUAUGGAGUCCUUCGCCUGCACCAGUUGCGCUGUGAGCUCUAGCAGGAUGUACCUCAUGGACAAGUUCGGGGUCCAACCAGACCCAUGGGACAACCGAAUCAUCCGGUUCAACAAUGCCCUGCAGGUUCUUUCAUGCAUCUGCCACAUUGCGGCCAUCUGCGUCCGGGAGGUCCGCGAGCUGGCUAGGAUCAUCGACCUCAUCGCCGACCUGGUGUACAUGACCACCGUUGGCUGCAUGACGGGACAAAUGAUCACGGAGAUGAAGUACCAAGGAGACAAUGCCCCUCUGGCGGAGGCCAUCGUCGGACGUGAAGAAGAUUAGACGUAGCGUGUGGUGCUGCCUCUGUUUUUACAAUAUUCCUGCAACAAUAGUGUUGCAGUAGUGCGACACCGAGACGCCGGACGGCUGUUGGGCCCUCAGUAGGAUUUUUCUGUUAAGCAUAACAUGUCGGAUAAAGGAUGCAAUCGGGGGAGUUGGGUCAGGGGCAGGGACUGCGUACCCCCUCCCCGUUCGUAAUAAACUAAGUUGAUGGCGUCGUCGGUGUUUGGAGACGGGCGCCCCCCCCAUACGGCUUCUGCUUCUUCAUCGCUCCCACGCCGAGUACACCUACUGUAGUACCAACGGGCUAUUGUGUGUGUAGCGUGUGAAGGCGAAGGUGAAAGGCUUUGGGGUGCUGUCGCAAGAGGUGUGGAGAGGCCGACAGUAGCGUAGUGGGGUGCGGUAGGCUGGCGAUGGCUCACUAUUGCAACAGCUCGCUGCACGAAUUGGUUUCUUUCGCGGUCGCGGGGGGAUCGUACAAUUGUACACGGAAAGGGAAAUAACUGAUCCAAAUUUUGAUGGUGGAGAAGAAAAGCGGAGUCUCGACUUGUUUGUAAACUACGGUUAGUUCGAUAUCGAUACGGGACAGCACAGGCAAAGUGGAGAGGGCUUUGCCGACGGAUUUGCUGGCAUCGCGGACGAGUUGCUUUUCCCGUGAUGGUCGAGUCAUCGAUAGCGCAGCCUGUGGUCGAUAACGAAAAUAGGCCUGGUCCACUGAUGGUCCUUGGCGGUCCAUGGAGAACUCGCAACGCAAUCGGCCUUGCAACAGUGUUCGACAAGCAUGUUUUCGUCUGUCCUGAAGCCAAACCUGCCCACCUUCUUUGCGGUGCUACGAUCGAGGGGGCGCAGAGGUUGCCGUUUGUUCUCGCGCCUCGGUGAAACGGCAUGUUAAAUGCUAUCUAUCGCAGCUAGCGAAACGAAAUCCAUGACCUCGCGCCCGUUGCCCCCGCGCCAGGCAGCCAGCACAGCUGCGGCGCCCCCUUGCAGCGAAAGCUCCAGUUCCCAACAGGCAUUAUUUCAAGCCGAUACUUCAAACCAGAAUGAAAUCAUUGUGUAAGCGAGCCUGGCGUCCACCAUGUUGUCCAGGGCGCGAGAACCCUAAGUCGCCCGAGUGAAAGAAUGCGGUGCCAUGUUCCGACAAGAGCGCUAGCACGGCUUCUGCUGGUGGUGGCUGGCUACCCUGUGCAGGGUACGCACAACUGCACAAAUCGUCCCUUCCCUUCCCGCGAAUGUGGU